GUGCCAAACUUAAGCCUUAAGCCGCACAAGCUCUUGGGGCGCAAUACAAGACAGAGCACGAGAUCUUUAUCGCCUCAGGCGCGUGCUUGUAUAUGAAGCCUGAGGAGAGGAACAUUUAAAGCCAAGGCAGGCGCUAGUGCAGUUGCCAAUUGGUGCGCCUGGAUAAGAGGAAAACAGUCUGUCUCAGAAGGAUCAAGAACUUGAAGGAGCUUGGGGGGCCUUGAAGAAUCAACGCGUGCAUCCACAGGUAUGGAGAUGCUGGCGGGCGUGCAAGACGGCCUGAACAUAGAGCAAGAGUAUGUCAAUGCGAUGCGCACGCAGUCUAACAUGCGCUUCUUAUCAAACAAGGAAGAGAUGGAAGCCCUUCUUCAGCCUCAGCAAGAUCUCAUCCUUCCAAUGCUUCACAACAUGAGGCGGAGAAAAUCUGCUGAAAUUGAGCUCGCAAUGACUGGUUACUUUGAUGCCAGUGCCGAGGCCUCAGAGAUCUGCAAGCAGCUACUGAGGAACAUCAAGAACACUGAAAGCAACUACCAAUCAAUGGACAGCUUCCUUGCAAGCAUAGGCUGUACUACUGCCACUAGUAGUACCUCCCUUGCACUGGAAACAAUCCCGGGUAGAAGCAACCCUUUCAGCACCACCACAAGGAGCAAUUUCAGACAGAUUCAUGACAGGUACUCCUCCGUGCUCCAGACCAUCAAAUCAAGUCACAGGAAAGUGGCAAAGAAGCUCAAGAUAGUGAAAAUCAUCAAGAAGCUCUCAAGGACUUGCCUCGUCAUUGCCGGUGGUGCGGUUGCCAUCGGGAUUGCAGCACACCUGCUGGUCUUUAGCCUUCUGGUUGGAUCUGCGCUCAUGGGGCUCUGCCCUAUUGCGCUCAAGAGAAGGGUCACAAGGCUGAAACGUUCCAAGACAAAGUCUUUGCAGCAGUUGCAGGAGCAACUCGAUACUGCCGCAAAGGGCACAUAUGUUCUUGGCAGGGACUUCGAUACGGUGAGCCAACUUGCCGUGCGCCUCUCUGACGGUAUUGAGCGGGAGAAUGCAAUGGCAACAUAUUGCAUGGAGAUGGUGGAUGAGAAGUAUCCGGUGCAGGAGAUGGUGGUGGAGCUGAGGAGGAGUUGUUCUAGCUCUAGGAGAUUGGCCAUGGAGCUAGAAGAGCACGUGGGCCUGUGCCUUGCUACAAUCCAUAGAGCUAGACUUUUGGUGAUCGAAGAGAUCUCCAAGCAAGCUUGAAUACAGUUGCCUGUUUAGUUAGUGUGGACAUUAUGUUUAGGAGUACUUCAGAAAUGUUUAUACUUUUUGUUAGACCGUGGAGGGAAUUUGCACUUCAAUACAUUAGGAUAGAAAAUUAGGGCGAUUUAGCUUCAUCCAAAGAAGGAAAAGGAAGAAAAAACAAAAAUAACGGACUAUUUGUGAGAGUUUGAGCAAAACUAGAAAUAUCAACUGCAAUUUCUUGCAGGGAAAUUGAUGCUUUCUUGUACAAUCAGUGUAUAUAUGAAAACAUUCUGAGAUUA